UGUCUUUGUAAGUUUUUUGUGUAUUUCUGUUACUUAACUUUACUGCUGCCCUCGUGACCAGAAACUACGAAGCAGAAACUGACUUCAGCUCCGGGUCGCUGCUAUCCGCCUGUAGCAGCAGUGUUUAGUGUUCUGCAGCCUCAUUUAGUCGAAUAAUGGCUUCUCCCUACUUCAUGCACAGCAGGUCUGUUAUAACCCGCAGCGGGAACCAGACCGCUGCCUGUUCACCUGCUGCGGCUUCUCUCAGGUCCAAACUCACCCUCAGGCGGAGGAACGUGGACCAGGUUUCCUCUGUGGCGGUGAAGGUGGAGGCGGAGGAAGCGACAGUGUCCGAGCAGAGACCCUCCUCGGCCCCCUUAUCCACCGGUAGUUGUCAUGAACUCCUCCACCAGGCCACAGUGCAGCCAAAAACAGAACCAGAAGCUUCAGCACAGCAUCCACACAGUCGCAGGAGGAGGCAGAUAAAGGUGGAAUAUGACCGGGAUGAUGGCGUGAAGACGGAGCACUGGGAACCCGCCGACUGGAAGAAACAGUUGGGAUUCAUUCGUGAGAUGAGGAGCAGCCGAGAUGCACCUGUAGAUAAGAUGGGAGCAGAGAAAUGCUACGACACUGACGCCCCUGGACAUGUGAGACGUUUCCAGGUGCUGGUGUCUCUCAUGCUGUCCAGUCAGACGAAGGACCAGGUGACAGCAGCAGCAAUGCAGAAGCUCCGAGUACACGGCUGCACUGUGGACAAUAUACUCGCUACUGAUGAUGAAAAGCUGGGAAAACUCAUCUAUCCUGUGGGAUUCUGGAGGAACAAGGUGAAGUAUCUGAAGCUGACGUCAGCCAUGCUGCAGAAGGAGUUUGGUGGAGACAUCCCCAACAGUGUGGAGGGGCUGGUCCGCCUGCCGGGAGUUGGACCCAAAAUGGCUCAUCUGGCCAUGGACAUCGCCUGGGACCAAGUGUCCGGCAUUGGUGUGGACACACAUGUGCAUCGUAUCUCUAACAGGCUGGGAUGGCUCAGGAAGCCGACCAAGAACCCAGAGGAGACACGCAAAGCCCUGGAGGAAUGGUUACCCAGGGAGCUGUGGAGUGAGAUCAACUGGCUGCUGGUGGGUUUUGGACAGCAGCUUUGUCUGCCAGUCAGCCCUCUUUGCUCCGUGUGUCUGAACCAGCACAGCUGUCCGUCUGCCCACAAGUGCUCCCCUGCAAAGAGGCCGAAAGCCGGAUCACCACGCUCUCCAAGUCCAACCUCGUCCUUUAAAAUAAAAACUGAACCUGGACAGGCUGUUAAAGAUGAGAUGAUAAAUAAGGAGUUGCCUGUUUCUCCUCGCGCACAAAGAAGGAGGCUACAGAACAAGGCUGACUCUUGAUUUUUGUCCGAGCUGUGAGCAGAAUGUGAAGACAGACAGUUCAUGUUAAAACACACUGAAACAGGGAUAUAAGCUAAACGUCAGUGGGAUUCAAGGUGUUUGUAGUUACUUUCAGCUCCUCUCUUUGUUUGACACUGUAAAAACCUUAUCUGUAAAAAAAA